GUUUGAGCUGCACUCCUACAAUCCUAAAAGCCGCAGACCUGUGUUUGAGCUUGGAAUCUUUAUGUACAAUCUUAUGGAAUAAUAAUAUCACUAUAAAGGUGCAGUGUGUAGUCAUGGCUGCAUGGGUGGAGGCGACCACAAGGGAAAUGGGCCAAUCGCUCAUCAACCCAGACAAACCUUCAGUUUCAGCUUCUGCUCUCCCUGGAGACACUGGGAAGCCAGCGUUGCGCCCAAAACCCCACCUCAUGCCUAAACCAUUUGCUCUGCAAAGGAACGCCACCGUCCGCCCAAUCCGGGCCUUUAGCAGAGAGCUCCAUCGAGCCGCCUCUUCUGAAGCGCUUUUGGAUACCAAAAAAACUGGUGCUGGUGGUCCAAAUCUAUCAGAAUACCAAAAACCAGGCUCAAAUGGCAGAGAAAAUGGGUCUAAUAAAAUUGCAGCUCCUAAACCCGUCCCACUCAGCCCAAAACCUGACUUAUUGAAUAAGCCUAAACCAGAACCCACUAAGAGUCCUGGUUCUAAUAACCAAACUGGUCCAAACUCAAAGCCUGCUGUGACCGCUGAAGAUUUGAAGAACGUUCAGCCCAGGAGCAGAGCAAAAUCUUUGGGUUCUCAGGAUCAACAGAUUCUCACGCAGAAGAACAGAGAAGAAGCAGCCAAGAAUGAUGCAGAUGUCAAAGUGUCUUCACGAUGCUGGCCGCCUCGAAAUCGUCUCUCCGUUGAGCUGACCUCCAAGUUCGAGUCAAUGUCUCAACCCGAGAAGGAGGUGAGGAGAGAUGCUGAAACCAGCAAGACGGAGAAAGAGUGGCCACCACAUUCUCCUUCUGAGUCCAAGCCUUCGAAGCUUCCGGUGGAUACAGUAGAGAUGGGAGACGAGGAUGUCAGCGGAGGCAGCAUUAAGAGACGGAUCAGCCUUCUCUUUGAUCGAUCUACAGCAACUCAGUACAGGGACACUUUCAACAAAAGAGACAAUCCAGCUGCUGAAAUAUCUGUUGAUAUUAAACAGAGAAUCCAGAAUCUGAGCUUGGACGCACCAAGGACGCGCUUGCCAUCCACUGGUGCUCCUAAAAGUCCACCAUUUGUGAAGACACUAAGCACCUCAGAUGAAACUCCAAAUGAGAGAUCAUCUGAAAAACCUGCAGCGACAGAGAAGGUGCCUGUAAGUUCAGCAGAAGUCAAGAACUCUGCUGCUAGUGUGGAGCGAGUAGAAGAAGAAGAAGAUCAUGAAGAUGAAGAGAAGGAAUAUGUCCCUGUUCCUGUCUACCAGAGGGUUGGGAUGAGCCUAGAUGUGGAGACAAAGAGAAGGGAAGAAGAAGAAAAACAGAGAAAAGAUGAGCAGUUAGAGAAAGAAAGACAACAGCGGAUAAGACUUUUGGAGAAGGAGAGGAAGGCAAGAGAAAUAGAGAGACAGGAAGAGAGAAAACAAGAAGAGGAAAAGCAAAGACAGAUGGACGAAAGGAGAAAGCAAGAAGAAGAACGAAAGAGAAGAAUUGAAGAAGAAAGAAAAGAGGAGGAGAAGAGGAGGCAGGCCGAAAAAGAGAGGGAGAGGCAGAUUGAGGAGAAGAGAAGGAUUGAAGAAGAAAAAGAGAGACUGAGAGAAGAAGAAAGAGUCAUGAAAGAAAGAGAAAAGGAAGAAGAGAGGAGAAGAAUUCAGGAGUUGGAGAGACAGAGAGAGGAGGAAAGACUGAGACAAGAACGAGAAAAAGAAGAGAGGUUAAAGAAACAAAGAGAAAUGGAGGAAAGAAAACGAAUGGAAGAAGAGAGACUGAAAGAAGAGGAAAGAUUGAGACAGGAAAGAGAAAGAGAGAGACUAAAGAAAGAAAAAGAGAUGGAAGAAGAGAGGAGAAGAGUUCAGGAAUUGGAGAGACAGAGAGAAGAGGAAAGAUUGAGAAAAGAGCGAGAAUUAGAGAGACUAAAGAAAGAAAAAGAGAUGGAAGAAGAGAGGAGAAGAAUUCAGGAACUCGAGAGACAGAAAGAAGAGGAAAGAUUGAGAAAAGAACGAGAAUUAGAGAGAAUAAAGAAAGAAAAAGAGAUGGAAGAAGAGAGGAGAAGAAUUCAGGAAUUGGAGAGACAGAAAGAAGAGGAAAGAUUGAGAAAAGAACGAGAAUUAGAGAGAAUAAAGAAAGAAAAAGAGAUGGAAGAAGAGAGGAGAAGAAUUCAGGAAUUGGAGAGACAGAAAGAAGAGGAAAGAUUGAGAAAAGAACGAGAAUUAGAGAGAAUAAAGAAAGAAAAAGAAAUGGAAGAAGAGAGGAGAAGAAUUCAGGAAUUGGAGAGACAGAGAGAAGAGGAAAGAUUGAGAAAAGAACGAGAAUUAGAGAGAAUAAAAAGAGAAAAAGAGAUAGAAGAAGAGAGGAAAAGAAUUCAGGAAUUGGAGAGACAGAGAGAAGAGGAAAGAUUGAGAAAAGAACGAGAAUUAGAGAGAAUAAAGAAAGAAAAAGAAAUGGAAGAAGAGAGACAAAGAAUUAAAAGACAGAAAGAGGAGGAAAGACUGAGACAAGAACGAGAAAUAGAGAGACUAAAGAAAGAAAAAGAGAUAGAAGAAGAGAGAAGAAGAACUCAAGAGUUUGAAAGACAGAAAGAAGAAGAAAAACGGAGACAGGUACGAGAACAUGAGAUGGAGAUGGAAACGUGUGAAGCAGCAGAGAGAUUACGAGAGGAAGUUCCUACGAGUUAUGAUUUGAUAUCUUUUGACGUGGAGGAGUCACAGACUCUGGUCUCCUCCGUCCAGCUCGCUGACGUCUCGCCUCGACUCGCACAAGUGACUUACGAUGACUUUUCAGUGAAACCCCGAAGAUGGGGAACAAGGGCGAGACGUUCCUCGACUCCGUCUCCAUCCAGAGAAACGCCUGCUGCUCCCGACCACAGUCUACAGCCAGAAUCAAAGUCCAGUCAUGCUGGACCCCAAGAACCAAGCGGAGAUCGGGUGUCUGUGCAUGAUCUGAUCGGAUUUGAACCUGAAGCUUCCAGUCCACUCAACUCUACAGAAAGCAGAACGCACACAUAUUUAUUUGAGGCAGACACUGAGUCCAAACCAGGGGACCUUCUGGAGCCAGAAACAGAUGAGGGUCAGUUGAAGGACGGAGGAGUUGAAGAGCAGGACACAGAGAAUUUAAUCUGGGAAACCGACGAACAAACUGAAAACAACGACACUGCUGAUGAUCCCACACAGAUCAGAAUCAAUCAAGCCUUGCAGAGACUGAAUCAAGCCAGACGACGAAAUACAUCUAGUGAUUCAGACACAGCUGACGUCACAGUUCACGAGGAGCUCGAACCUCUACCGCUUCUUGAGUCUGUAGCUCCUCUGUUGGACUCCAGCGUUUUCCGUUCGAAGGUUGAAUUGGGAAAGAAACGUAGCAUAAAGCGCACCAGACCGUCACGUGCCGUCCGACAGAGAGCCGCCCUGCCCGCUCUGACAGAGGGAACGCAACCCGACUGGAGGUUCUGCGACUCCACAGAAGCAAAAGAUCAGUGUUCCAAUGGAGCGGACUCUGAAUCAGAAGAGGAACCGUCCCGGGACGUCCCGUGCUCUCCAGCCCCAAGCCAGCCCAAGAGAGUCCCUGUGUUUCCUGGGAUGGACCCUUCUGCCCUCAUGGCCCAGUUAAGGCGGAGAAGUGCAGCGAUAGAAACAGAAAGUCCAACAGAAGCACAGACGCCUCCGUCUGUCCCAGCACGCUCUCCCCGCACACCCACCAUGGCCCUCGGCCCAAGAGUGCUGCCCCCUGUUGACGCCAAGGACACUCGGUCCGGCUCUUCACCCUCCUGGCUGCUUGAGCUCAAAUCCAAGAAGCGAAUGAGUCAACCUGAGAGUGAAGCGUGAAGCUCAGGUCCGAUGCAGUUUGUUGAGAGGAAGUCCUCUGCCACAAAGAUACCAAAGAAUCCGACUUACACAAAUCAUCUUUCGUUCUAAUACUGACUGAGUACCAGAAUCUUUCGAGGAUGAGUCCCGGACUGAACUGUUUGGAGGCUUUGCCAAGAUGAUGUCCUCUUACGCACAUUUUUAGUUUUACAUGAAUGUCUGUCAUAAUUGCUUGGCAGCAUUAGCGAUGGUGUGCCUGAAAAGCAAGUGCUGUUUACUGUCAGUCUCAAACCAAGUUAAUUUUACCGUUAUUUCAUUUUGUUUACAUUCAUAAAUCCAGCAGAUCUUUUUUUCCAAAGUGAGGUUGGUUCAUCCAUCAAUCAGGGCCCUAAUGUGCAUAUCUUCUGUUCUCUGAUCUCUGAUCGUGGAGAAACAAAAAUCAGUUUAGCUUCAUGCUACAAUGCACUUUAAAUGAGUUGGAUCACUGGAAAAGUUGCAUUAGGGCUCAUAGGCAUUUUAUUGCAUUUGAGUUUUUUUUUUUUUUUUUUUAUCAGAAUUUAAAUAUUGUGUUUCCAAAACUUUUUUAAAAAAAGUCUGACCUUAAGAUGUUCAUUGCUACAUGAAACUACUUUUUCUUUCUCUAAAUAGUUUUUGUUUUGUUUACAUGUGCCAUUCCUGAUUAUCAUUCACAGGGUUUUGUUUUAUUGCCAGUGCCUUUACAGUUCUGCCAAGAGCACUUUUACAAACAGAAAUCAGACUUAUAAUGUAUGAUAAGAUGUGUUUAAUUGUGCUCUUUUGAAAUGUUUCUUUUUUUCUCCAGUCGUUUCUUUUGAGACUACAGCUGUGUAAAUUGCUGCUAGAGGAAAAUGUUUACCUGUUUAAUGUUGGGAAAUGGGAGUUGUGUUUUAUAAAUUAUGAAUGAUGAAUUACAAUCAUCUUGAUUAAAUAUUUUUCUAAAUGGGAA